GCUUACUGCCUUUAGGAAAGCAGAUUGUAGGGUGAGAUAGUAAAUGAGCUAGCAGCAAGAGCUGCUGAGUAAAUGAAAGAGCUGCUGCACUGUGGAACCUGAUGUGAGAAAAACACAAGCAAAUCUUUCCGAGUGGAGAAGCAGCUGUCCCCCAGGAGGAGCAAACAGAAUCACUUCUAGAAGAAACAUGUUCCGGAAAAGACUUCUACUUGCUGGAAUUGUGAAUGUUCGAAAUAUCAUUUUGAACACAUUGCAGCCGAAAGGAAUAAAUAUACUAAGAAGAACACUGACAGAUAAACAGAACAUCUCAAAAGAAUCACUGACUUAUUCUGAGAAGAUCCAAGAAAAAGGCAAAGAACCCCCAGAGCCUUUAUGGACUACAUUUGCUGAUAGUGUGGUCAAGCUCAGAAUAGAUCAAUCAUGUUCACAAACUCCAAUAACAGUUCAUCAGAUGUUCAAAGAGACUGUGGAUAAAUAUGGGCCUCUCAAUGCUAUGGCCAGCAAAAAGAAUGGAAAAUGGGAAAAAAUCACAUUUGCGGAGUAUUACAAUCUUUCCUGGAAAGCAGCCAAAAGCUUUUUGAAGCUUGGUCUUGAACGAUUCCAUAGCGUAGCAAUACUUGGAUUUAACUCUCCAGAAUGGUUCGUUUCAGCUGUUGGGGCUAUUUUUGCUGGGGGAAUUGUCACAGGCAUCUAUACAACCAACUCUCCCGAGGCCUGCCACUACAUUGCUUAUGACUGCAAAGCCAAUAUCAUUGUGGUAGAAAAUCAAAAACAAUUGGACAAGAUAAUGCAGAUCUGGAGUCGUCUACCGUGCUUGAAAGCAGUUGUGCUAUACAAUGACUCUUUGCCAGAGAGACAUCCCAAUUUAUAUACGAUGGAAGAAUUUAUGGAGUUGGGAAAUGAGAUACCAGAUGCUACACUCAAUGACAUUAUUAGCUCUCAAAAGCCAAAUCAAAGUUGUGUGCUAGUGUACACUUCUGGAACAACCGGGAAGCCAAAAGGAGCCAUGCUGAGUCAUGACAAUAUAACCUGGACAGCAGCACAUGCCAGCAGAGCAGGGGAUAUGCAACCAGCAGAAAUCCAACAGGAGAUUAUAGUCAGUUACCUCCCGCUCAGCCACAUAGCUGCUCAGAUAUAUGACCUCUGGACUGGAAUCAAGUGGGGAGAGCAAAUUUACUUUGCUGAGCCGGAUGCUUUAAAGGGCAGCUUGGUCAAUACACUGAAAGAAGCACAGCCAACAUCUCAUAUGGGAGUUCCACGAGUAUGGGAGAAAAUCAUGGAGAAAUUAAAGGACACGUCUGCUCAGUCAGGAUUUAUGAAAAAGAAAGUGUUAUCAUGGGCCAUGUCCAUUAGCUUAGAGAGGAACCUAAGCUGCUCAGGAAGCAGUGACUUGAAGCCCUUUCGAACAAGAUUAGCAGACUACUUAGUACUUGCAAAAAUCCGCAGUGCUCUGGGAUUUUCCCACUGUCAGAAGCAUUUCUCUGGUGCUGCUCCUCUCACUACAGAAACUCUGGAUUUCUUCUUGAGUCUGAACAUCCCCUUGUACCAGGCGUAUGGGAUGAGCGAGACCACAGGCCCGCACUGCAUGUCUGGGCCAUAUGUUUACAGACGUCACAGCUGUGGCAAAGCAGUGCCUGGCUGCAAAGUGAAACUGGUGAAUGAGGAUGCAGACGGCAAUGGAGAAAUUUGUUUCUGGGGAAGAACUGUUUUCAUGGGUUAUUUAAAUAUGGAGGAUAAAACAAAAGAAGCCAUUGAUGAUGAUGGGUGGUUGCAUUCUGGAGACAUAGGAAGACUAGACAAGGAUGGCUUCCUCUAUGUUACUGGAAGAAUUAAAGAGUUAAUUAUUACAGCUGGAGGUGAAAAUGUGCCUCCGAUCCCAAUUGAAGAUGAGGUCAAAAAGGAAUUGCCCAUUGUUAGCAAUGCUAUGUUGAUUGGAGAUCAAAAGAAGUUCUUAUCAAUGUUGCUGACCUUAAAGAGUACUCUGGACCCAGAAACAUCCGAUCCUACUGACAAUCUGAGUGAGCAAGCCAGAGAAUUCUGCCAGAAAAUUGGCAGCAAAGCCACUAAAGUGUCAGAGAUUGUGGCAACAAGAGAUCAGGCUGUUUACCAGGCCAUUCAAGAAGGAAUCGAUAGAGUCAACAUGAAGUCCACGGCCAGUUUUCAGCAUAUUCAGAAAUGGACAGUCCUGGAAAGAGAUUUCUCCAUUUCUGGUGGAGAAUUUGGUCCUACGAUGAAAUUAAAACGACCUGCUGUGCUUGAAAAAUACAAAGAUGAAAUUAAUUCAUUUUACAAAGAAUAAAAUUAGUCUUCGUGCCAAGUAUUGUCUGCAAGUUUCCCAAGAAGCAAAACAAAUUCACCAACUCUGUGUUACAGGAAACAGCUCCCAACAAAUGCAUUUGAGGAUUUACUUUUCUAGGCAAGCACACCUAUCAUUUGUUUUGCACCCUAUGCAACAGGCAUUAGAAGAGAAACAUCCAUAUAAAGUUCUAGUUGUAAUUCUGCCUGCAAAGUAAUAAAAUUUCUUGCUACAGAUAA